GUACCUUUCUCGGGUCCAGUUCAGUUCCGCUCAGCCUGUGCCGAUACUGUUGUGUUGCGAUGAAGUUCUGCCAGAUCCAGUGUGCCUUGGCCCUGCUAGGCCUUGCCCUGAUGCUGUGUAACCAUGGCGCCACCUCUCAGCCUGAUCUGGACCUCCGCCAUCGCAGACUGCUCCAGAGAGCCCGUGCCGUUGGCGUGGCCACACAGGACUGGAGUAAGCGGGCAGUGGAGGAUAUCUUAUCCCAGCUGUCCUUGCCUGAAGCAGAAGCCCAGGAGAGUGAGGUCUCCACUUCGGGGGCUAAAGACGACCUGCGUGUCGAGCUUGAGCGAUCGGUGGACAGCCCAAACAACCUUCCUCCCCGUGAGCGCAAAGCCGGCUGCAAGAACUUCUACUGGAAGGGCUUCACUUCUUGCUGAGAUCCUGCCUACCUUCAGUGACCCUGCUGCUAAUCACUCCACACGACAGAAUCCUGGACUUGCACCUGACUACUGCAAACAAUCAACAUAUGUUUUGAACUAAAUUCCUGAAAUCAAGAGAAUGUACCUGUCUAAUUUAUGAAUUAAAAGAUAAA